GAAAAUAUAACAGAGCUUUAAAAACAGUAUGCUCUGUUGGAAACUUAUUGAAACUUCACAUUACUGCCAUCAGUGUGAGUUUGAUGUUUAUUAACUGUUUUUCAGAAUACCUUGCUGUAUUUUCACAUCUGAUAGCAUUCCAUGAGCCAGAGUUAACCAAUCAUCUGGAUAGUAUAGGAUUUAUACCAGAGUUGUAUGCCAUCCCAUGGUUCUUAACGAUGUACACACAUGUUUUCCCUCUUCACAAAGUGUUCCACUUGUGGGACACACUUUUGCUUGGAAAUUCUUCAUUCCCAUUGUUUAUUGGAGUCAGCAUCUUGCAGCAGUUACAAGCCAACUUGUUGUCUUUUGGAUUUAAUGAAUGCAUCUUGUUAUUCUCUGAUAUGCCAGAAAUAGAUAUCCAAAGAUGUGUUCAAGAUUCUAUUAAACUAUUCUGCUCUACUCCUAAAAGUACCACUUACAGACAGCAUGAGAGACAACGAACUAAGCCUGAUAAUGUGUUUAAGUCAUCUUCGGACUUCAAGACUACAAAUCCUGACCUUGAAAUGUCUCCACUUCCACUGAAUGUUCUUAAAUCCGAGAUCUCGCCCAGAAUAUCAGGGGAAGAUCUGUUGGAUCUCCUUGAAUUAUCUCCUCAUGGUGAAAGGAAGUCUCAACCUCGAUACAACAAAGUUAAAAUCUUAGUUGUAGAUGUGAGACCUUCUGAAGAUUUUACCAGAGGAGCUAUUCCAGAUAGUAUAAACAUUCCAUUUCAAACUGCUUUCUCACCAGAUGGCACUCUUGUUUCAAGUCCUGAUACGGCAACCUUGAUGGGCCAUAAGGGUCGUAUGGUGGUGAUUGUAGGAAGUAGCAAGAACAACAAUGCAUCUAAUUUUGCAACUCAGCUAGUACGUCUUGGUUUUCCUAAAGUAUGCACUCUGCACAAGGGAAUUGACGUCUUUCGCACAAUUGGGAUAUUAAUUGUGAGAGCAGGAGAGAGAUGAUAACAGAACUAAUUUUAUGUAUAUUAUUACAAGAUGUUGUAGUGUGUUAUUUUGUUGAAAAAUGAUCAUCAUAUCAUCAGCAUCUGAUAAUGUUUACAGAUAUAUCCUGACAAAUUGUAACAAAGGGAUUUUUUAACAGAAUAGAAAUCACAUUAAUAUGCACCAGGUAAUUUGAUGUUCUCUUGUGAAUAAAUGUGCAUGAUAAUGUUACA